AUGAAAAAUAAGGAAGAGGACGAGGAUGUCACAUUGAAAGAAGCGUUUGGAGUGAAAGAGGAAGAGGGUAUAGAGACUGUCACAUUGAAAGAAGAGGAGGAGGAGAUAGGAGAUCUGAUUAACACCAGAGAGAGACCAGACUCUCCCUCUGACAGCGGGAAGAGUCCUUCAGGGGACCCAGACCAGGGUCCUUCAGGGCAAUCAGACCAAUCAGAGGCUCCCAAACCAGCAGGACAACAUCACUGCUCCCACUGUGGAAGGAAUUUUACUAAGUUAGGGAGCCUGAAGAAACAUGAGAGGACACACACAGGGAAAAAUACUUUCCAAUGUUCCGAGUGUGGGAAAGGUUUUCUUUGGUUAUAUCACCUUAAAAGGCAUGAGAGGACACACACAGGAGAGAAACCUUUCCAGUGUUCAGAGUGUGGAAAGAGUUUUAACGAAUUAGGGUACCUGUUAAUACACAAGAGAAUACACUCGGGAGAGAAGCCUUACCACUGCUCCAAAUGUGGAAUUACUUUUACCUGGUUAGGGAGCCUGAAAACGCAUGAGAGAAUACACACUGGAGAAAAUCCUUUCCAAUGUUCCCACUGUGGAAAGAGUUUUAGCCAGUUAGGGAACCUAAAUAGGCACAAGAGGACACACACAGGAGAGAAGCCUUACCAAUGCUCUCAGUGUGGAAAGAGUUUUAGGGGUUUAGUGAGCCUGAAACAGCAUAAGAGAAUAGACACAGGAGAGAAGCCUUACCACUGUCCCCAGUGUGGAAAGAGUUUUAGAUGGUUAGGCACCUUGAAAAUGCACGAGAGGACACAUACAGGAGAAAAGCCUUACCAAUGCACCAUGUGUGGAAAGAGGUUUACCCAGUUAAAGUCCAUGAAAUUACACGGGAGGAUACAUACAGGAGAGAAGCCUUACCACUGCUCCCACUGUGGAAUGACUUUUACCUGGUUAAUAAACAUGAAAACUCAUGAGAGAAUACACACAGGAGAGAAGCCUUAUCAAUGUUCCGAGUGUGGAAAGACUUUCAGGGGUUUAGUAAACCUGAAACAGCAUGAGAGAACACACCCACAAGAAAAGCCCUACCAAUGCUCCCUGUGUGGAAAGAGUUUUACCAAGUUAGGGGGCCUGACUAGGCAUGAGAGGACACACACAGGAGGGGAUAAGACCUACCACUGCUCCCUGUGUGGAAAGACAUUUAACCGGUUAAGACAUCUGAAUAAGCAUGAAAGAAUACAUACACAGGAGGAGAAGACAUACCACUGCUCUCACUGUGGAAAGACAUUUUCCCAGUCAGAGGACCUGAAAUCACAUGAGAGAAUAGAGAGGCUGUGUUCUGACUUAUGUUUUUGACUGAGAAUUUGUGUUGUUGUUGAUGCCACAUAAAAUCAUGUUGUUUAAUGAAAUCAUUUAAAAAAUCGGUUUACUUAAAAAUAAAAAUAAAUGUAUCAUGUAUAAAUGAGAUGUAAAAAAUUUGGUGUAUGACAGGUGUAUGAAAUCGAGCAAUCUUCAUAGAAAAACAUUGGCAGUAGAAUGGCCUUA